AUGCGCAGCUUGAUUGCGGCCCUGGAGCAUUUGCAGCGAGUGAAGAUUCUAACCAUCAAGCAGUGCAGUGAUAUCACGUCGCUGCCCGUGUCUCUUCCCCGCCUGCCUGCACUCACCAACCUCAACCUUGACAUAAGACAACUCGCAUUGCUGCCCGAAGAUUUCGGGCAGCUGUCAACGCUUCGAACGCUCGCCUUAAAUCUGGAAAGUCUCACAGCCCUACCUGAUUCCGUCGCCCUGGUUACCACACUUCAAGAGCUUUCCCUCUAUAACCUUCAACGCCUUACACAUCUGCCCCAGAAGUUCGGGCAGUUGGUUUCUUUGGAGAAGCUGUGCAUGAAGCGCCUUCCGCUGCUCACACAUCUGCCCGAAUCCUUUGGACAGCUGGCUGCUCUUCGAGAGGUAAAACUUCUGGAGUGUGGGCAACUGCAGCAACUCCCGGACUCCCUAUCCCAGCUGUCUUCUCUCGAGCGCCUGGAGAUUAACAUUUGUCCCCGCCUCACAGUGCUGCCAGACGACAUGGGGAAGGGUCUGCACUCCUUGCGCCAUCUGCUUCUACUGGACUGCACCGCUCUCACCCGCCUCCCUCCGUCCUUCUCCUGCCUGACGUCUCUCGAAACCCUCAAGAUUGAACGCGCACAGCGCUUCAGGGGCACGCUGCUAGAUGGCUUUGGCAGCUUGAAAAGCCUCAAGAAGCUGUCGCUCGACUCUAUGCCGCGGCUAUCCGCGCUCCCUGCCUCCUUCUCGGGCGUUAAUUCCCUCACCAGCUUGGAAGUGGGAAACUGCCCCAAAGUAUCGGUCCUGCCUGAGGGGAUUGGACGGCUGGAUGCACUCGAGGAGGUCAGGAUCUUCAAAAUGGACGGCCUGAUACGUCUCCCUCCGUCGCUUCUUGACCUGCCCCGUCUGCGGGCUUUGGAGGUGCGGGCAUGUGAUGGGUUAAGUGCGGUGCUAGGUGAUGAGAGGGUGCUUAGACGUACUGCCAGGGGUUUUGUGACCGGCACCGGCAGCACCAGCCGCAGCAGCAGCAGGCCCUUGCUUCCUUCCAUUCAGAGCCUCAAGAUUAAAGAGCUCAAUGUUGAGUCGUUUGGACCAUCCCUCGGUCGCCUCUCCUCUCUGACGCAGUUGGAGCUCCUGGAAAUGAACAGGCUUGAAUCUCUCCCUGAUUCCAUUUCUCAACUCUCUCAGCUGCAAAGGCUUAAGGUUGAUUGGUCUUCUAAUCUGAAAGCACUGCCCGAGACCCUUGGGGGGCUUGCAGGGCUGCGUGUCUUGCAGCUGGUCUACCUCUCGAGAAUGCGACAGCUGCCCGAGUCUCUCGGGCAGCUGAAAAUGCUCGAGACGCUGGAGAUUAUCGAUUGCUUCAAGCUGAUGGAGCUUCCAGCGUCAUUUGUGAAUCUACCCAAGCUACAAACCUGCUCUCUCAUCAUGCUUGGAAUCUCAACCAUUCCGGAUGAUAUAUGGAAGCUGUCUUCCCUCCAGAAGUUGCUGAUUCGGGGACUGAAGCAGUUGAGAAGCUUGCCGGAUUCGCUUACUCAGCUGCCUAGGCUUGAGGAGCUGGAGGUGUGCGCGUGCAAGAAGCUGACUCGCCUGCCCCCCUUUCUUCGAAAAAUGCCGUCGUUGCGGGAGUGCCGCAUCAGUGAAUGCCCUCUGCUGCCCAGGCGAGACACAAGGGGAGUUCCUGCUAGGAGAGAGGAGGGAGAGGAGGGGGAGGGGGAGGGGGAGGAGGAGGAGGGGGAGGAGUGGGAGGGGAAGGAGGGGGAGGGGGAGGAGGAGGAGGAGGGGGAGGGAGGGGACGCGGAAAGGGAAGAGGCGGGCGGGGAGGCAUCGGAGGAGGAGGAGAGUGGUGGUGAGGAUGAGGAGAGUGAUGGUGAGGAGAGUGGUGGAGAGGAUGAGGAGAGUGGUGGAGAGGAUGAGGAUAGUGAGGAUGAGAGUGGUGGAGAGGAUGAGGAUAGUGGUGGAGAGGAUGAGAGUGGUGGAGAGGAUGAGAGUGGUGGAGAGGAUGAGAGUGGUGGAGAGGAUGAGAGUGGUGGAGAGGAUGAGAGUGGUGGAGAGGAUGAGAGUGGUGGAGAGGAUGAGAGUGGUGGAGAGGAUGAGAGUGGUGGAGAGGAUGAGAGUGGUGGAGAGGAUGAGAGUGGUGGAGAGGAUGAGAGUGGUGGAGAGGAUGAGAGUGGUGGAGAGGAUGAGAGUGGUGGAGAGGAUGAGAGUGGUGGAGAGGAUGAGAGUGGUGGAGAGGAUGAGAGUGGUGGAGAGGAUGAGAGUGGUGGAGAGGAUGAGAGUGGUGGAGAGGAUGAGAGUGGUGGAGAGGAUGAGAGUGGUGGAGAGGAUGAGAGUGGUGGAGAGGAUGAGAGUGGUGGAGAGGAUGAGAGUGGUGGAGAGGAUGAGAGUGGUGGAGAGGAUGAGAGUGGUGGAGAGGAUGAGAGUGGUGGAGAGGAUGAGAGUGGUGGAGAGGAUGAGAGUGGUGGAGAGGAUGAGAGUGGUGGAGAGGAUGAGAGUGGUGGAGAGGAUGAGAGUGGUGGAGAGGAUGAGAGUGGUGGAGAGGAUGAGAGUGGUGGAGAGGAUGAGAGUGGUGGAGAGGAUGAGAGUGGUGGAGAGGAUGAGAGUGGUGGAGAGGAUGAGAGUGGUGGAGAGGAUGAGAGUGGUGGAGAGGAUGAGAGUGGUGGAGAGGAUGAGAGUGGUGGAGAGGAUGAGAGUGGUGGAGAGGAUGAGAGUGGUGGAGAGGAUGAGAGUGGUGGAGAGGAUGAGAGUGGUGGAGAGGAUGAGAGUGGUGGAGAGGAUGAGAGUGGUGGAGAGGAUGAGAGUGGUGGAGAGGAUGAGAGUGGUGGAGAGGAUGAGAGUGGUGGAGAGGAUGAGAGUGGUGGAGAGGAUGAGAGUGGUGGAGAGGAUGAGAGUGGUGGAGAGGAUGAGAGUGGUGGAGAGGAUGAGAGUGGUGGAGAGGAUGAGAGUGGUGGAGAGGAUGAGAGUGGUGGAGAGGAUGAGAGUGGUGGAGAGGAUGAGAGUGGUGGAGAGGAUGAGAGUGGUGGAGAGGAUGAGAGUGGUGGAGAGGAUGAGAGUGGUGGAGAGGAUGAGAGUGGUGGAGAGGAUGAGAGUGGUGGAGAGGAUGAGAGUGGUGGAGAGGAUGAGAGUGGUGGAGAGGAUGAGAGUGGUGGAGAGGAUGAGAGUGGUGGAGAGGAUGAGAGUGGUGGAGAGGAUGAGAGUGGUGGAGAGGAUGAGAGUGGUGGAGAGGAUGAGAGUGGUGGAGAGGAUGAGAGUGGUGGAGAGGAUGAGAGUGGUGGAGAGGAUGAGAGUGGUGGAGAGGAUGAGAGUGGUGGAGAGGAUGAGAGUGGUGGAGAGGAUGAGAGUGGUGGAGAGGAUGAGAGUGGUGGAGAGGAUGAGAGUGGUGGAGAGGAUGAGAGUGGUGGAGAGGAUGAGAGUGGUGGAGAGGAUGAGAGUGGUGGAGAGGAUGAGAGUGGUGGAGAGGAUGAGAGUGGUGGAGAGGAUGAGAGUGGUGGAGAGGAUGAGAGUGGUGGAGAGGAUGAGAGUGGUGGAGAGGAUGAGAGUGGUGGAGAGGAUGAGAGUGGUGGAGAGGAUGAGAGUGGUGGAGAGGAUGAGAGUGGUGGAGAGGAUGAGAGUGGUGGAGAGGAUGAGAGUGGUGGAGAGGAUGAGAGUGGUGGAGAGGAUGAGAGUGGUGGAGAGGAUGAGAGUGGUGGAGAGGAUGAGAGUGGUGGAGAGGAUGAGAGUGGUGGAGAGGAUGAGAGUGGUGGAGAGGAUGAGAGUGGUGGAGAGGAUGAGAGUGGUGGAGAGGAUGAGAGUGGUGGAGAGGAUGAGAGUGGUGGAGAGGAUGAGAGUGGUGGAGAGGAUGAGAGUGGUGGAGAGGAUGAGAGUGGUGGAGAGGAUGAGAGUGGUGGAGAGGAUGAGAGUGGUGGAGAGGAUGAGAGUGGUGGAGAGGAUGAGAGUGGUGGAGAGGAUGAGAGUGGUGGAGAGGAUGAGAGUGGUGGAGAGGAUGAGAGUGGUGGAGAGGAUGAGAGUGGUGGAGAGGAUGAGAGUGGUGGAGAGGAUGAGAGUGGUGGAGAGGAUGAGAGUGGUGGAGAGGAUGAGAGUGGUGGAGAGGAUGAGAGUGGUGGAGAGGAUGAGAGUGGUGGAGAGGAUGAGAGUGGUGGAGAGGAUGAGAGUGGUGGAGAGGAUGAGAGUGGUGGAGAGGAUGAGAGUGGUGGAGAGGAUGAGAGUGGUGGAGAGGAUGAGAGUGGUGGAGAGGAUGAGAGUGGUGGAGAGGAUGAGAGUGGUGGAGAGGAUGAGAGUGGUGGAGAGGAUGAGAGUGGUGGAGAGGAUGAGAGUGGUGGAGAGGAUGAGAGUGGUGGAGAGGAUGAGAGUGGUGGAGAGGAUGAGAGUGGUGGAGAGGAUGAGAGUGGUGGAGAGGAUGAGAGUGGUGGAGAGGAUGAGAGUGGUGGAGAGGAUGAGAGUGGUGGAGAGGAUGAGAGUGGUGGAGAGGAUGAGAGUGGUGGAGAGGAUGAGAGUGGUGGAGAGGAUGAGAGUGGUGGAGAGGAUGAGAGUGGUGGAGAGGAUGAGAGUGGUGGAGAGGAUGAGAGUGGUGGAGAGGAUGAGAGUGGUGGAGAGGAUGAGAGUGGUGGAGAGGAUGAGAGUGGUGGAGAGGAUGAGAGUGGUGGAGAGGAUGAGAGUGGUGGAGAGGAUGAGAGUGGUGGAGAGGAUGAGAGUGGUGGAGAGGAUGAGAGUGGUGGAGAGGAUGAGGAUAUUGAGCAUGAAUAUGCCAUGGACAGUGACUAA